UCUGACAUUUUGUCCCCAUUGAUGUGUGUGUGUGUGUGUGCGUGUCUGUUUUCCCAUUCCAAAUAAUAACAAUAAUAGUGAAAAAAAAAAAUAAUAAAAUAUUGAGACCACACAUUUGUGUGUCUGACAAAAUAUAUAAAAUUACAAAUAAAUUUAAUUUAAUUAUAUAAUUGAUAAAUUGUACAUAAUGUAACCAUCAAAAUGGCACAUUAACAAGUAUUUUAUUUUAUUUUUUUUUUUGUUUAUUAAUGUAAAGAGAAAAUAAUAUGGAGAAAAAAAAUAUAUUUGGUUAAUAUAAGUCAAGUAUAUAAUCUCACUCUUACAUCGUAUUGAUCCCCAUUUUAAAUAUAUACAAAAACUAUCAACACACAAAUAGGAUAUAUUUUUUAUUAAUGUCAAAAUAUGUUUAUAAUAAUAUUGACAUUUAAUUAAUUAAUACAAUAAUUUAAAAAAAUUAUAAUACAAAGUGAAAUAAGUGAAUUUAUUUAAAGUUGAAGAUUUUUUUUUUUUUUCAUUAUUGCGUUGUUAUUUUUUUUUUUUUUUUGUACUUGAGUCAUUUGUUUUGUUUUUUUUAUUUAUUUAUUUAUUUAUUUAUUUAUCGUUAUUGAAAAUAAUAAUGGAGAUUGUUGGUGAUUAUGAGUAUAACAUCAAGGACAUUAUUGGCCAUGGUGCAUUUGCUAUGGUUUUUAUGGGUAGACAUAGAAAAAAAUCAAAUCAAAUUGUUGCAAUAAAAAGUAUAUCAAAAAAAAAAUUAGCUAAAUCACAAAAUCUUCUUGGUAAAGAAAUAAAAAUAUUAAAAGAACUUAAUGAAUUACAUCAUGAAAAUGUUGUUGCAUUACUUGAUUGUAAAGAAUCAAAUCAAUAUGUCUUCCUUGUUAUGGAGUUUUGUAAUGGACGUGAUUUAGCUGAUUAUCUUAGUGAUAAAGGUACACUAUCUGAAGAUACAAUAAGAGUAUUUUUAAAACAAUUAGCUGGUGCAAUGAAUGCAUUACAUGCAAAAGGUGUUGUACAUCGUGAUUUAAAACCUCAAAAUAUAUUAUUAAGUCAUAAUCAAGGACAAACAUGGCCACCACCAAAUCAAAUAACAUUAAAAAUUGCUGAUUUUGGUUUUGCUAGAUUUUUACAAGAUGGUGUUAUGGCUGGUACAUUAUGUGGUUCACCAAUGUAUAUGGCACCAGAAGUUAUUAUGUCAUUACAAUAUGAUGCUAAAGCUGAUUUAUGGUCACUUGGUACAAUUGUAUUUCAAUGUUUAACUGGUAAAGCACCAUUUCAAGCACAUACACCACAAGCACUUAAAUUAUUUUAUGAAAAAAAUGCAAAUUUAGGACCAAAAAUACCACCAGGUACAUCAAUUGAAUUAUCAAAUUUAUUAAUGGGUUUAUUAAGACGUAAUGCACGUGAUAGAAUGCCAUUUGAAGAAUUUUUUAAUCAUCCAUUUUUAAAAGGACCACCUGAACAAGAUAAUAUAUUACCAGUUGAAUUACCAUCAUCACCAGAUAAUAUUAUUGAACCAUCAAUAUCAGUGCCAAAUGUUAUAUCUGGUAAUGAUGUUAAUAGUCCAUGUUCAAGUCCAGAAGAUGAUUAUGUACUUGUACCAAGUGAUUUAAGUAGUGAUACUGAUAAUAAUCAACAACAACAACAGCCACAACAACAACCACUACAACAACAACAAGUUAAAUAUACAAAACAAUCAAGUAGAGAAGCAAUAAGUCCACCAAGACCAUGUUUUUUGCCAAUAUCAGAACCAGUACCAGUUCCAACUCAACAACAACAACAGCAACAUCAGCAACAACAACAAAAACAAAAUAAUAAUAACAAUAAUAAUAAUAAUAACAACAAUCAAACAUCAUCAUUAACAUUACAAAAUAAUAAUCGUACAACAAAUAAUUCAUCAAGUGUUGUACCAAGAUCACAACCAAUUAGUAUGAAACGUAGUACAGAUACACAUCGUAAUUAUUCACCAGAAAUUGGUUCAUUAAGUCCACCAAGUGUACAAUUUGUAAUUGGUACACCACCUGGUAGACGUAUGAGUGAAACACCACCACCACCAAAUACAUGGCAAGUUAGUCCAGUAACACGUAAUACAAAUAUAUCAUGUGGUACAUCACCUCUAAAAAAAUCAUCAGCAUCAUCACCAUUAUUAACUGGACCACUUGCUGUACUUGGUUCACCAACAGCACGUGCAUUACAUGAUAAUAAUAAUACAUUAAGAAAUUCACCAGUAAUACCAUUUGGUACAAGAGCAGCAACAUUACCAGAAAUAUCAGAAGCUGGAAGUUUUCAAAGUUUUUUUCCUGAAUUACAUCAUGUAUCAUCUGAUGAUCGUCCAUUAACAUUUUUAGCACCAGAAUUACCAGAAGAUACAUUACUUGAACGUGAACAUAAUGAAAUAUUGGCUAAAUUAAAUUUUGUUGUUGCAUUGUGUGAUUGUGUUAGUGAUGUUGCACGUCAAAGAACUGGUCCAUUGGGUGUACAAUUAGGAAGUUUAGAACAACAACAACAACAACAGCAACAACAGCAGCAACAACAACAACAACAACAACAACAAGCAACAACAAAUUCAACAACUAAAAAAAGAGCUGAACAAGUUAUAUUACUUGUACGUGCAUUACAAUGGUUAUCAUCUGGUUUAAGUCUUGCAACACAACAAUUAAAAUCAGGAAGAUUACGACCAACAACAAGUGUUAAAGAUGUUGUUAGUACAAUGAAUGAUAAAUUUCGUUUAUUUUUAAAUGAAUGUAAACAUCUUAAUAGUGCUGGUUUAUUACGUCAAACUGGUGCAACAGCUGAUAAAAUACUUUAUAAUCAUGCAAUACAAAUGUGUCAAUCAGCAGCACUUGAUGAAUUAUUUGGUAAUCCAGCUGAAUGUUUUCAACGUUAUCAUACAGCACAAAUAUUAUUACAUUCAUUAUCACAACAUGUUAAUCAUACACAAGACAGAGCAUUACUUCUUAAAUAUAAAGCAGCUGUUGAAAAACGUCUAUAUGUACUUCAACAACAGGGUUAUAUUUAUGCAACAGAUCCAACGUAACAUUUAUUUAAAAAUAAAAAAUCAAUGAUUAAUUCUUGAUUGUAUCCAGUAAUAAUAUAUAUUAUUAAUUAAUAAUUGAUCAAACAGUUUAACAAUUAGAAUUUAAAAUUAAGAAAAAAACAAAAAAAAAAAAAAAGAACAAAGAAAAAAAAUAAGUAAUAUAUUGUUUUUUUUGAUUAUUAUUUUUAUUAUUUAAAAGAAAAAAAAAUAUAUAUAUAUAAGUUUGAUGAUUUAAUUUAAUAUAUUAUUAUUAUAUUAUUGUGAAAAAAAAAAAAAAAAUGUACUCGUGAUUUAUUAAUCUUUAUUUCUUAUAUAAAGUAAAUAAAAAAUAUAUAAACAAUAA